AUGUCCUUUAUCGAAACCAAGAUCAACUACUUUACUCCUCCGGCCGACGGCAGCAAGCCAUACCAAUGGGUCGACGAAGUAGAUGAGCCUCCCAGAAACUGGGAAGCCGUCGAGUUCCCGGUCAAAGUCGAAAAUGUGCGUGGGCGCGAAAAAGAGUUUACGCUCGACUCGGCUGGAUUCGAGUUCCACACUAUUCCAUCUCGCGAAAAGACGUUUGAGAGCGACGAAUCAAUUCGCUCUGUCUAUUAUGAAGACUGCGUGGAAACUUUUAAGAAACUGACCGGUGCAUCAAGGGUCGCGAUCUUUGACCAUACUAUUCGUCGCCCCAGGCCGGAAGGAACUCCUGACAACGCUGAUAAUCGCCAACCUGUAAAGAUGGCACAUACUCCGGAGUCGGCCGAACGUCGCGUCAAGAUGCACCUGCCUGAAGCAGAUGUACCCGCUUUGCUGUCCAAGCGAUACCAGCUCAUCAACCUCUGGCGUCCCAUCCAAGUCCCAGCAUGGCAAUUUCCUCUGGCUCUGUGCGACUUCCAAACUGUGAAUACUGACAAGGUUGGGGGCGAUUUUGUUCCUACUACGCUCAAAUACAAGGAUCGUGAUGGCGAGGUAGUCUCGGUCAAGUACAACGAAAAUCACCAGUGGAAGUAUCUGGCGGGUAUGAGUCCAGACGAGAUCGUACUAAUCAAAUGCUUCGACUCCAGGUUGGACGGGUCCGUCGCUACGUUCACCCCCCAUACGGCUAUUGAUGAUCCAACCACUCCACCUGAUGCACCUGAGCGCCACUCGAUUGAGAUCCGGGCGUUGGUGUUCUAUGACUGA